AUGUCGGAACUUCGUGGUUCGCCGCCUCUAUCUCGGGCUUUGGAAGGUGGAUUUGGGGCACCGUUAGCCGCUUUAAGUUCUUUGGCGGAGGCACCUCCUCCGGCUCCUAACCCUCACGGUAUUGACCACAUACUGUCUCGUCCAUCAGUGGGAGCCAAUAUGGGUGCUGGACUGCUAACCCCGAGGCUCUCCCUGGCCGCGGCGGCAGCAGGCAUGGCGCACUACCUGCAACACAAGCCUCUCUACUGGCCUGGUUUCCAAGGGUUGGUUUCAAACCCCAUGGCGUGGAGGGAACGAUUACAGUCAAUGAGCAAUGGCGCUCUCAGUGCAUGUGCCGCACAAGCUGGUGGUAUGGACAAAGACGGUAAGAAGAAACACACGAGACCAACCUUCAGCGGACAGCAGAUAUUUGCGCUAGAAAAGACCUUCGAGCAGACCAAGUACCUCGCUGGUCCAGAGAGAGCUAAGCUCGCGUACGCUUUGGGCAUGACUGAAUCACAAGUUAAGGAUUUCCUCUCGUUCAUAAUGGAGUGGUGUAGCAAGGGUAGAGUCGACCCGCGCUGCGGUCACGCACGUUUGAUACAA